AGUCUGCCCUGCUUGCUUCACCUCACAACACCUCCUGGGUUAAAGACCACAACAGCAAUCCUUCAGGACAACAAUCCAGGGAACUGGGCCAGAACUACAUACUGCCUGGCAAGGAGUGAGGUCUCUGCUGUCGGUGUGGUUGAGGGGGAGGAAGGGGGAACUUGCCAACCCUCCCCAGGAAAUCACACCACUGCCCUGGACACUGCACGGCACAGAGUGGGGCCACCAUUCACAUGACUCCUUUCCAGACUCCAAAGAGCAAUAUCCCGAGUUUCCUUUCAAGAAUGGUGGCAUGGCGGGUGCCAUCGAGCUGAAACGACCCGUUGGUGCCCACUGCCACGGUGCCAAAGCCUUGGUGUGUGAGGACAGCGUAGACAAGCUGCUGGCCAAGAAGAAACUCUACAUCGCUUCAGUUGUCUGCCUUGUCUUCAUGAUUGGCGAGGUCAUAGGAGGCUACCUGGCCCACAGCCUGGCCAUCAUGACUGAUGCAGCCCACCUCCUGACAGAUUUCGGCAGUAUGAUGGUGAGCCUGUUCUCCCUGUGGAUCUCCUCCAGAAAGCCCACCAAAACCAUGAACUUUGGUUGGCACAGAUCAGAGAUCCUCGGGGCGUUCAUCUCGGUCAUUUCCAUCUGGAUUGUUACGGGGGCUCUGGUCUAUUUAGCCAUCGAGAGGAUUGUACAGAACGACUAUGAGAUUGACGGACAUGUAAUGUUAGUCACCUCCGGGUGUGCCGUCAUCGUCAAUAUAAUCAUGGCCUACAUCCUCCAUCAUUCGACCACCUUUCACGCCCACGGCAGCGGUUAUCACCACAUUGACGAGGACGGUCAGAGUCCCGUCGCUCACGGUCAUUCCCACUCGCUCCUCGGUGGCCACGGCAAUGCAAGCGUCCGUGCUGCCUUCAUCCACGUGGUCGGAGACCUGCUGCAGAGUGUCGGAGUCAUGGUGGCAGCGAUCAUCAUCUACUUUCGGCCUGAAUAUAAAGUUGCAGAUCCCAUCUGUACAUUUCUGUUCUCUGUCUUUGUCCUCUGCACCACCUUCACCAUCCUCAGAGAUGUCUUUAGGAUACUCAUGGAAGGGUCUCCUAAAGGAAUAGAGUUUAACUCUGUGAAGGAGGUGCUGCUGUCUGUGAAGGCUGUGAAGUCGAUGCACUGUCUGCACCUCUGGGCUCUGACUCUGGGCCAGGCACUGGUCACUGUUCACCUGGCCAUAGAGGAGGGUGCAGAUGCUCAGUCUGUGCUGCGGGAGGCUACUGAUCUGCUCCACACCAAGUUUGGUUUCUACAGCAUCACCAUCCAGGUAGAGCUCUACUCUGAAGACAUGAGCCACUGCUCCCACUGCCAGGACCCCAGUGACUGACGCUGAUACUGGAACGGACAAGACUGGACCCAACAGGACAUGGAAC